AUGCACAGCUACGGAAGCAGCAGUGGAAGUUGUUUUGAGAGAGAAGGCUCUGGGACGGACGGGAAGGGAAGUGCGUCGUCCUUUCCUGUCACGCCUGUUCCCUUCGCCAGUGGUGCUGCCGGGACAAAGUUUCAAUCCGGUUUCCAAUGGGGUCCCCGGGCACGGGCGUGCACUCGCAUCGAAGCCACACCAACAGGCCAAGAGCUGCACUUUGACACCUCGAAUGGGCCAGAACAAGAGGGGCACGACGGGGUCUUCGGUCGAAAGUGGGGCUCCGUCACGAUGGAUGCGGGAGGGUCGACAAGCUCUGCAUCGGCCGAGGUACGGGACGGCAUCUUGUCUUUGGUCGCUGGUGACACUGGUAGGUGGAUAGAUGUGUAUCAACAGUGCAUUGCCUACAAAGCGCAACUCAUACACUGGUCAAUACUGAAUCACUACUUCGGAUUGAUGAAGCGAACGCGAGACCCGGCUCUUCAUAUGGGUGUUGAAGCAUCGACUUUUGCGAGUUUGUUCAGCACCAACUUUGAAGUCCGGGUCUUCCGUGGCGGCAGACUGCCCGAGUCGAGGCAAGAGCACCGAAGAGCCGGGGAGGCUAGCUCCCUCGCCGAGUACGCGAAUCACCCGAAUCACGCCAGGCUGCUCGAGACUUUACUGCAACCCGCUACCAACAGAUACGGAUACCUGCUCCAAAGUACCUUGAAGAGGGGGGGCCGCAGCCCGGCCGCGGUCUCGUUCUAUCAACGUUCCGCCGCCGAGCUCAGGGUCAAGCAGGACACGGCCGCCCCACGGGGUGACGAAAUGCCCGCCGUCAGGAAGAAGACGAAGAAGCAGCGGCGCGAGAAACGACAACUCGACAUUGCAAGACGGAUACUCGAGGAAGAGGCCCUGUCGACACUAACACCGCCCUUGCCAGCCAUGGAUCCCCAAGCAAAGCGCAACAUUGUCAUCGUCGGGCAUGGCCACUUUGCAGGUGGCGGCAUCAUCGGUUCCACAACGGCCUACUUCCUCACAAGACACCCGAAAUACAACCCUGCCCUCCAUCGCAUCACAAUACUCGAGGCCACUGCCAUCGCCUCAGGCGCCUCUGGCAAAGCGGGCGGCCUACUCGCCCUCUGGGCCUACCCGUCUUGCCUCGUUCCACUCUCCUACCGCCUGCACAAGGAGCUCGCCGCAGAGCACGGCGGCGAGAAGAGAUGGGGCUACCGGCGCGUCAAUUGCGGCAGCUUCGAGGCCCGCGUCACGAAGCAGACGCUCGAGAACAUUAAACAAGCUGCCGUGAAACCUGAGGCUGUCGUGCCUGGCGCCAACGAAGGCGAGCAGGAAAAGGGGUGGGAAAGGCUGCCGAAGCAGGACGAGGCCGCCGAGGCCAUGUUGCGAGAUUCGGGCGGCGUCGUGCCGGGGGACCUCGACUGGAUCGAUCGGGCCGCCGUCGAGACGUACGCCGAGAUGGGCAGGCCCGGAGCGACGGAGACGGCGCAGGUGCAUCCCUACGACUUCACCACGUCCGUGGCGGCGCUGGCGCAGGAAAAGGGCGUCGAGGUGCGGACCAACGCGCAGCUGAAGAGGAUUAUCUCCGGUGAGAGCGUAGGCGGCGGCGGCGGCGGCGGCGUCAAGAGCGUCGAGUACCUUGAUCGCGAGUCCAACGAGACCCGGACGAUCGACGACGUGACGGACGUUCUAGUGUCCGCGGGGCCGUGGACCGGUCGCCUGCUGCCGCGGUCCAAAGUCACGGGCCUGCGGGCCCACAGUGUCGUCUACAACGCCGACGUGAGCCCCUACGCCGUCUUCACCAGCAUCAGGCUCCCGGCCGACUUUGUGCCGGAGCACCGGGUCAGCAAAGGACAAAAAAGAAAACACAAGCGCGUCGUCGACCCGGAGAUUUAUGCGCGGCCGUAUGGCGAGGUUCAUCAAAGACACAAAGCUCACGGCAAUACUCCCCACACUCUAGGCGAACCAGAUGAAGACGCACCCCUCCCAGACACAGCAGACAAGGUCCAAGUAGACGAAGCCAACUGCGACGACAUCAUCUCGUACAUCGCCACCGUCAGCCCCGCCCUGGCAGCCGCCUCCGUCAAGGCGAAGCAGGCGUGCUACCUGUCCCAACACGAGUCUGGCCCCCUCAUCGGCGCGACAUCGGUCCCGGGCCUAUGGCUCGCGGCCGGCCACACGUGCUGGGGCAUCCAGAACGGUCCCGCGACGGGAAAACUCAUGUCCGAGUAUAUACUCGACGGCAAGACGGCCAGCGCCGAUAUCUCGGAGCUGGAUCCGAGGCGGUAUAGAGUCUAG